UCCCCAGCCCUGGGAGGAGGAGGAAGGGGACGAGCAGGAGGAGGGCGGUCGUCCAGGGUUAGGUUCUGGGCGGAGGAGGGGGGUGUAGGUCCGUUCGGGGCGGAGGAUGACUCACAGCCCAUCCCAUCUUCCCGACGCUGCCCGCCCGCGCAGAGCUUGCUCCGUGGUUUAGCGGAGGAGGCGGUGGCGAGCAGGGGGAGGGGUACUCUUAUUUUGUUGGGGGGCUCGGGCUGAAGCCCGACCGGCCUGGCAGGGCUCGCCCGGGGCCGGGCGUCAUGUCUCAUGCAGCCGAGCCAGCCCGGGACAGUGUAGAGGCUAGCGCGGAGGGUCCUCGAGCGGUGUUCGUGUUAUUGGAGGAGCGCAGUCCGGCGGACUCAGCCCAGCUGCUCAGAGGUCUUCCUACAAUAACAACCACCCCUACCCCUCACCCUCAGCCUGAACUCUUUGCUUCCGGAAUCCGGGAUUGUUGCUGACAUUGAGUUAGAAAACGUCCUUGAUCCUGACAGUUUUUACGAACUCAAAAGCCAGCCCUUACCAGUACGCUCAAGCCUCCCAAUAUCACUGCAGGCCACCCCAGCCACCCCAGCUACACUGUCUACAUCAUCUUCUGCAGUGGGUUCCCGGACCCCUACCAUGUCAUCUUCAUCUUCAUCGCGGGUCUUGCUGCGGCAGCAGCUAAUGCGGGCCCAGGCCCAGGAGCAGGAGAGGCGUGAGCGUCGGGAACAGGCUGCAGCCUCUCCCUUCCCCAGCCCUGCACCUGCCUCUCCUGCCAUCUCUGUGGUUGGUGUUUCUGCUGGGGGCCACACAUUGGGCCGUCCUCCCCCUGCUCAGGUGCCCAGGGAGGUGCUCAAGGUGCAGACUCAUCUGGAGAACCCAACACGCUACCACCUGCAGCAGGCGCGCAGGCAGCAGGUGAAACAGUACCUGUCCACCACACUUGGGCCCAAGCUGGCUUCCCAGGCCCUCACCCCACCACCGGGGGCUGCUAGUGCCCAGCCGCUCCCUGCCCCCGAGGCCACCCAUGCUACUGGCCCCACAGGCAGCGCCCCCAACAGCCCUAUGGCACUGCUCACCAUCGGGUCCAGCUCAGAGAAGGAGAUUGAUGAUGUCAUUGAUGAGAUCAUCAGCCUGGAGUCCAGUUACAAUGAUGAGAUGCUCAGCUAUCUACCUGGAGGCACUGCAGGGCUACAGCUCCCCAGCACACUGCCUGUGUCAGGGAAUCUGCUUGAUGUGUACAGUAGUCAGGGUGUGGCCACAUCUACCAUCACUGUCAGCAACUCCUGCCCAGCUGAGCUGCCCAACAUCAAACGGGAGAUCUCCGAAACAGAGGCCAAGGCCCUUUUGAAGGAACGGCAGAAGAAGGACAAUCACAACCUAAUUGAACGUCGCAGGCGAUUCAACAUUAACGACAGGAUCAAGGAGCUGGGCACCCUCAUCCCCAAGUCCAGUGACCCGGAGAUGCGCUGGAACAAGGGCACCAUCCUCAAAGCCUCUGUGGAUUAUAUCCGCAAGUUGCAGAAAGAGCAGCAGCGCUCCAAAGACCUGGAGAGCCGGCAGCGAUCUCUGGAGCAAGCCAACCGCAGCCUGCAGCUCCGAAUUCAGGAGCUCGAACUGCAGGCCCAGAUCCAUGGUCUGCCGGUCCCUCCCAGCCCAGGGCUGGUCCCCCUGGCCACAACUUCAGCCUCUGACAACCUCAAGCCAGAGCAGCUGGACGUUGAGGAGGAGGGCAGGCCAGGCGUAGCAACGUUUCAUGCAGGGGGGGGCCCUGACCAGGGUGCUCCCCAUCAGCAGCCCCCAGUGCCACCUUCAGAUGCCCUUCUGGACCUGCACUUUCCCAGCGACCAUCUGGGGGAUCUAGGGGACCCCUUCCAUCUGGGACUGACGGACAUUCUGAUGGAGGAGGAGGAGGGGGUGUUGGGGGGACUGCCAGGGGACGCCCUGUCCCCACUGCGGGCUGCCUCUGACCCCCUGCUCUCUUCCGUGUCUCCCGCUGUCUCUAAGGCCAGCAGCCGCCGCAGCAGCUUCAGCAUGGAGGACGAGUCCUGAUCAGGCCUCACCCCUCCCCUGGGAUUUCCCCACCCAGGAAAGGAGGAUAAGUCAAAAUGAGGUUCUACCUUUCCCUUGCCCUCCUAUGAGACUGCCCUGCCCAGUGUUCUGGGGGAAGAGAUGAGGCCCCACCCCUGUAACAGGCAAGGAGGAGGAGCCAGGUGAUGCUCGUCCCUUCCCCUCAGGUCCAGCCAGCACCUUGUAAGCAGAGCCUGUUUGCUGGAGAUCCCAGCCUCGCCCCAACCCCAUGGGACCCACCCUUGCCCAGGCGAAGGAAGGAGACAGGAUGAGGUCUGUUCCUGUCCUCUGGGAACUACCCUAGCCAGGUCUGGUACCAGGAUGUGUCAGAAUGCUGUAUCAUCCACCCUCAUAAUGGCCACUCUUGCUUGUAAGGAAGAAGAGUCAAAAUGAUGGAACUCCUACCCUGGAGUUUACCAACCUUGCCCCUUUACCAUGGUCCCUGCCUUGCCCAGGUCAGAAGCAGAAGUGAGGACGAGAGCCAGACCCUUUAUUUGGGAAAUUGGGUCAUGGCCUAGCAAUGGAGGAGCCGGGCCAUGCACCUUCCCUAUAGGAAGAGUCCAGCUGCCAGUAUUUCAGGUAUGGAAGAGUGUAUAAGAUCAGGCCACCAUGUGGAGAUCACAGUCCUUAUUCUUCAGCAACAUCCUAUCCAAGCAUUCCACUGCAGGGAGGAGUAGUACUUAGGAUCCUUUCCUUAACCUGAGAGAGAACCUCGUGAUUUAACCUAGGAACAAGGCUUUGAGCUAACCUUGCCUUUGGGGAAGGGGGGCAGAUCCUGAAAUCUUGUAGGUUGACAUUCCAGACCUAGAUCAGGAGUGAGUUAGGCCCCUACCCUUGGGCAGAGAUGCCUCCUUCCUCCUUCCUUGAAGGAUCAUCUGAGGAGGUGAUGGGUAGUAGGGGAUAUUGAGUCCAGGUUCCCAGAACCAGCACCUGUUACUUUGUUUCAACAUGUAGAGGAACACAGUGAAGGAAGGGACACUUCUGGGGAUUUUCCCAGCCUGGGAAAAAAGUAAAAGCCUGUCCCAGCAAGGCAGAGGCUUAGAGGAAGGGUUGUAAAAUCAUGUAUUCCUCUUUUGUUUAUCUUGAUUUUUUUACUGACUCCCCUAUUCAGAAGUUGGUAACCCCCAACCUUUGGCCUUCAUCCAGCUCUCCAUUUGAAGGAAUCGUUCCCACUUCAGAGUUAUCAACAGACACUCCUUACCCCUCCUACCACGUAUACACAAGGUUGUCACCUUUGGAUUGUUAGGGCUAAUGCCCCAAGAAGGGUGUACUGAGGGGUCUGUAGGUUUGUGAUUAAAUAAAUGCUAGGCGUGUUUCAUGCGCUUUUAUCUUUGGCAAAGAGUCUCCUGUCCUUGCUUUGACUGUGCAGUGAGCAGGGCUCAUGCAGGCCACGAGGAAGGAAGAUUCUCAGAAGAAAUAUAUUUAAGAGGGGUGGAUGAAAGAAUUUAGGAAUCAGGGCUGGAGGAAAACAACCCGCACACGAAAGCAGUCAGUCUGUAACAGCCUGUCAGGCACCUUUCUGUUAGGUGCUUCACCUGAUUGGUUCUAAGGAGUAUUCUAAAAGUGCUGAUAAUUAUUUCCAUUCAUGUUUAAAGAAACCAAGGAAUAGAAUUUAAGUAUAUAAAGAUAUACCACUGGUAAAUAGAAGAAGAGUUAAAUGGUGAAGUUAGGUGAGUGAGGGCUCUGGUUUGAGUAAUGUCACUGAGGGCAGAGGGGACAAAGAUUUUUCUUGCAAGUUCACUUUUGAAACUGAUAAGGAAGUGUGAAGAUAUCUACUGGCUGGCAGUAGAGGCAUUACAGGUUAGAUAAGAGGCAAAGACAAACCAUAAAGGUCAGGAACAGGCAAGCAGUUCCAUUCUGGAACAGGUGUUGACAUUUUGGGGGAAUUUUAGAGGUGAAGAGACAAAAGUAUCUUAAGGCUGGGAAUAAAUAUUCCUGGAAUUUCUCAACCAGACUGACUUGACUCCCAAGACAGGCAUCAGGCUUGGUCUGGUGUCCCCCCCCUCAGCAGACCACCCCUGAGCACUGGGAUCUGGUCUGGUCCUUUGUCUUCCCCAGAAGACUGAGCAGACUACUUUCUAGUUUAUCAUCACACUGUGACUCCUAAAGCCUGGUUAAUCUACCACCAGACUGGUGAUUCUGUAAUACCUUCAUUUUUUUUUCUCCUCAAACUUGCUAUAUUCUCUUUACUUUAUAAAAACGUGAAAUACCCAGAAGUGUUAUUGAAGAUUCUAUUCUGAAAUAAUUUUAGGUUUACAGAAGAGUUGUAAGGACAUUAGAGGAAGUUUCCAUAUCCCAUCACCCAGCUACCCCUAAUGUUAACAUCUUACAUAACCAUGCUGCAUUAUCCAUGCAAAGGGAUUAACAUUGCCAUAGUACAGAAAGUCAAUUUAAGACUUUGGAUUUCACUGGUUUUUCCACAAAUUUUUUUUUUCUGUUCUAGGAUUUGAGUAAGGAUACUCUGUUUGUCAUCUAUUUCUGUGUAAUAAAUUACCACAAUCUUAGUGGCU